AUGGGAGAGGUAAUUAUACCAAGAAGUUUUAGAUUAUUGGAUGAAUUAGAAAGAGGUCAAAAAGGAAAUGUUAGUGAAGGUGUAUCGUUCGGAUUAGAAAAUGCAGAUGAUAUAACAUUAUCAAAUUGGUCAUGUACAAUAUUUGGGCAACCCGGAACUGUUUUUGAAAACCGUAUUUAUUCGCUAACUGUUUUUUGUGGAGAAAAUUAUCCUGAUAUUCCUCCGACUGUUAAAUUUGACACAAAAAUAGAGAUGACUUGUGUUGAUAGCGCUGGAAAUGUUAUGAAAAACCAUCUUCACAUUUUAAAAAACUGGAACAGAAGCUACACAAUUGAAACUAUAUUAAUUGCACUUAGACAAGAAAUGCUUUCAAGUGCUAACAAACGUUUACCACAACCAAAUGAAGGAGAAUCAUAUUAA